AUACCACUUCUCUUUUCUUCACUACUCUAUUCAUUUCAGUCCUCUCCGCCUCUACGCUUUGGCUAAGCUCCUAAAACCUCUCAUGGCAGAGACUAAUCUCUUCAAAUCCCAAUUUAGUAUUUCUUAAAUGUUUUGUCAAUUUGUAUUGUUUUCUGAUCUGGGUCUUCUUUAGUUCAUGCUCAGAUCAUAGCUUUUUUAACUACUUUUACAGUCUUUUGCUUUUCUGCUUCCAUUACAGUUGAAGCUAAACAUAUCUGAUUUAUGGGUUUCUUUUAGUUUCUUGAUUGGUAGAAUCGGAUUUCUUGAAAUGGGCUUUGUCUUGGAGAUGCAAACCGCGGCCGUUUCAUAUGAGAUAUCUUUCUCUGUUGUUUGAAAUUUAUUUAACAAGGUAUUCAAGUUAUGGGUAGAGGUAGAGGAAAAGGGAAGAAGCAAACCACUAUUGCUGCUCGUGAUGAGGCUGGCAGUGGUGAGGAAGAGAAGAUUCCGCCAUAUAGGAGAAGAGGAAGGCCACAAAAACCACUGAAGGAUGAAAUUGAGGAAGAAGCCGAGAACAUAGAAGAAGAAGAAGAAGAUGAAGGUGAGAAUACAAAAAGCUCUAUUUCUAACAAAGAUGUGAAACAUGAAGCUGCUGCAGAGAACGGGAAGAAGAGGAAGAGGAAGAAAGCUUCACAGGUUAAGGAAAAUCCAGAUUCGGUCAUAGAGGAAAAUGGAGUGGGAACAAAAACUAGCAUCGAUGAGUCAGUCAAGUCUGUUGGGUUCAGACAAAACGGGAGCAGGCGAAAAAACAAGCCUCGGCGAGCUGCCGAAGUUGGUGUGGAGUGCAAAUGAGGUUGCUGUCAGCAUUGCAAUGGGUUUCUACCUUCUUUUUCCGUCAGAUAAAUGAGUAAUUUCAGAGCAAGCUUUUGUUGGUUCAUAUAUGUUUAAUUAUAUCUCUUUUUUAUUUAUUUUUUUUAAGUAAUCUCCAAUUUCCAUUUUCUUGCUAGUGGGUGAUCUUAAAAGUAGAUUAUGCCUCUACAAUCGCCCAUGUAGCUACCAACAUUUGAUAUCUUAGCUAAUUUCUUUUGUUAUGCAUUUAUUAUCAGUAAUCAGAAACUUCUUCUCCCGGACUAGAAAAAAUUGUUUCAUCUAUUGCAAUCAUGUGAAUCAGCUCUCCCCUUUAACUUUGAA